AUGAGUGGCUAUGAACACGGCUGGACGGAAGUACGGCAUGGCACAAAAGGCCAGCGUCUCCGCCAGCCUUUUCGGGACUGGGGAGGCGUUCCGUUGAGGAAGAAGGACCGUGCAUUUUUGGCCCCUUGUGGGCGACAGGGGGCAAUCCCCUCACCCAAACCCAAACCCAUCUGGUACCUACACGGGGUAACGGGCCACUAG